AGUUUCACCCCUCAGUUGGUCCCAGUUCCGCAGGCAGCCCUGAGAGAGGUGGAAGCGGAUGAAGUCCCGGCACAAGAAGGACAUGGAGCUGUUGGAGCGAGUCCAGAGGAGGCCACGGAGAUGAUCCGAGGGCUGGAGCACCUCUGCUAUGGAGACAGGCUGAGAGAGGACGUUGUGAUAACUGCCCCGGAGCCGUUUGCCUUUCUUAUCGGAGACGCCAGCCAAACAACCGUGGCCGGGAUAUAAGGAGCCGGGCUGAGGCCAGUGGCGUACUCGGUGUGUCCCUUCGCCCGGCUCGCUGGCACCAUGAAGCUGCUCCUGCUCCUCAGCUUGGUGGCCCUGGGCCACUGCCUUGUCACCAAAAUCCCUCUGAGGAGGGUGAAGUCCCUGCGGCAGUCCCUGCGGGAGCACGGCUUGCUGGAGAGCUACCUGAAGCAGCACCCCUACAACCCAGCCGCCAAAUACUUCUCCAUCGGCGUCGCCAGCGAGCCCCUGGAGAACUACCUGGACGACGAAUACUUUGGCACCAUCUUCAUCGGUACCCCAGCCCAGGAAUUCACCGUUGUCUUUGACACCGGCUCCUCCAACCUGUGGGUGCCCUCGGUGUACUGCUCCAGCCCUGCCUGCCGCAGCCAUAACCGCUUCAACCCAGCGUACUCCUUGACCUUCGUCAGCACCAACGACAGCCUCUUCAUCGCUUAUGGCACUGGCAGCAUGACUGGCAUCCUGGGCUACGACACCGUCACCGUCGCGGGCAUCGAGGUCAUUAACCAGGUCUUUGGGCUGGCUGAGACCGAACCCGGCGAUUUCUUCGACUACGUCCCCUUCGAUGGCAUCCUGGGGCUGGCUUUCCCGAGCAUCGCCUCCUCCGGAGCCACCCCCGUCUUUGACAACAUGAUGAUGGAAGGCCUCGUGGACGAGAACCUCUUCUCCGUCUACCUGAGCAAGAACGGGCAGAGCGGCAGCUUUGUCCUCUUCGGCGCCAUCGAUCCCUUCUACACCACCAACGGCAUCAACUGGAUCCCCCUCUCUGCCGAGACCUACUGGCAGAUUACCAUGGACAGCGUCUCCGUUGGUGGGAAGCGCAUCGCCUGCUCCUUCGGCUGCGAGGCCAUCGUGGACACGGGCACCUCGCUGCUGGCCAUGCCCAACAGUGCCGUCAGCACCAUCCUGCGCAUCCUGGGCGCCAGCUCCAACGGCGAGAUCAACUGCAAGGCCGUCAACAAACUGCCCAGCAUCAUCUUCCGCAUCAACGGCAAAGCCUUCCCCGUGCCGCCCAGGGCAUACGUGAUAGAGAGCGACGGGUACUGCAUCCUCGGCUUCGAAGGCAUGGACGUCCCCACCGAGUCGGGCGAGCUCUGGAUCCUGGGGGACGUCUUCAUCCGCGAAUACUACGUGAUCUUCAACAGGGCCAACAACACGGUGGGGCUGUCCCGGCUGUCCUGAGCGUGUCUCCGCGUUGGGGACAGGGACAGGCAGCUGCCCUGGCGUUCCCAGCCCGAUGGCUGGCGGUGCUGGCCCUUGCCCGGCGCUCCCGUCCCCUCCUGCCACGGCCACCGAGCACAAUAAAGCUGUGGAGAAGC